GCCUGCCUGAAGCUCGACCCCACCAACAGCCGCUCACCCAAGCAAACAGCUUCAUCAUCACGCGCCUGCGAGCUUCAAGUGGAUGCGCUGACCCGGCAUCACUUCGCCCUCUGAAAGACAGCGAGGAGCAGCAUCAUGGCUACCGCCUCCGGCGCUCAGGUCUCGCCGCAGGCCAUAAUAGGCCAUGUCCAGAAGCUGAGCGAUGCGGACCCCGACUUCCGCUUCAUGUCCCUCAACGACCUGCUGCAGCUGCUCACCACUGCACGAGACGACUUCCUCCAGCACGACUACAACAUUGCUGCAAGGACUGUUGAUGGCAUCAUCAAGACGCUGGACGAUCAGAAUGGAGAGGUGCAGAACCUAGCCAUCAAGUGCCUUGGGCCGCUUGUUGGCAAAAUCCCGACCCCCAUCAUCGCCCCGAUGAUCGAUAAGCUGUCGUCACUGAAGCUCAAGAACUCUGUGGACACCGCCGUGCCUUCAUUGGCGCUGCGUGCCGUCAUCACCGCGCUUCCUCGACCGAUCCCAGGUAUCCCCAGCUCUGUUGGUGUUCAAGAGGCAUACAACGCUGUCAGCCGCGUGCUGAUUCCACGGCUCAUUGGGCCUGGACCUCUGACGCGAGUUCCGUCAGCGCCCCGAAUCAACCUUCCUCCCGUCCCGGCAGGGCUGCUUCAGGACGAUAACGGCGUCAACGCGGAGGCGGUCGAUGUCCUAGUAGAGGUCGUCAGGUGUUUUGGACCAUUGCUACAGCAGGUUGAAGUUGAAGCAAUGCAGGAGGUCGUCUUGCAGCUGCUGCAGGGGGACAAGGCUUCAUCUGUGGUCAAGAAGAGGGCUGUGGUGGCUAUCUCUAUGCUCGCAGUCUAUCUCACAGAUGCCCACUUGGAGGACGUCAUCAAUCGGAUAACAGCCGGUCUGUCCGAACCCAACAUUCCGCCUGUCACGCGUCGUCUCUACAUCUCUAUAUUGGGCAGCAUGGCUCGGUCAAUCCCUCCCAGGUUUGGCGUACACCUUCCCAAGACCAUGCCCUUUAUCCUCGAUGCUCUGUCUGAGAAAGAGCUAGAAGAGCACCUGGAAAAGAUUAGCGACGGGGAUGACUUGGGACAGGAGUUCAAUGAGAUCCGCGAGACGGCGCUAGUCGCCCUCGAGGCAUUCUUGGCUUCAUGUCCGCAGGAGAUGCGGCCCUUCACGGACGCCACCCUCACCUCUUGCUUGCGAUAUCUCAAGUACGAUCCCAAUUACGCGGUGGAUGACGAGGAGGAGAUGGAUGUAGAUGACGAGGAAGAGGAAGACGAGGAUGAUGAGUUUGAAGACGACGACGGCUUCGAGGACGACGAUGACGACGCAAGCUGGAAGGUCCGUCGCUGUGCCGCGAAGGCGAUUUACACGCUCAUCUCCACCCGUGGCAGCGGCGAUCUACUCGACAAUGGUGUCCUGUACAACCAGGCAGCUCCGACUCUCGUCAAGCGCAUCGAAGAGAGAGAGGAAAACGUUCGUCUGGAGGUCAUAUCCGCUCUGUCGCUCCUCAUUCGCAAGACUGGCGAGGGCCUUCACACCGUAGAUCUGUCUCGUGACGAGUAUGAGCCCGAGUUGGUCUCGCAGAUGCCUCUCAGCCGCAAGAGGAGAAGGCAGAGCAGCGUCGGGGGAACGAGCGCUGCCAAGUUCAUGGCGGGCUCCGGCAUCACAUCUCUUCCUGCCGAGAAGAUUCCCUCCCAGGGCCCACGGGCGGACCUCUCCAAACUGACUCCCGCCAUUGUCAAGGCCGCGACCAAGCAGCUCAAGGGAAAGACCGUUCCCACGAAGCAGGCCGUCAUCAGCAUGCUGGAUGACCUGGUGUCUGUUCAGCACGGUAGCCUUGUCGAGUUUUUCCCCGAAAUCAUUGGCCCCAUUGUCGAUGCUGUCAAGGCCCCGAGCACCAGCGCAAUUUCGUCUUCUCUCGCGGCCGCAGGAGGCUCGGCAUCCGCCACCCCAAGCACCCUUCGCGUUGCCUCGUUGAAGCUCAUAAGCGAUAUCGCGAAGACGCAUUCGUCCUCGGUGCUGCAGCCAUAUUUGAGCAAGGUUGUUGCCGGUGUUACGUCGGCAGUCCAUGACCGGUUCUACAAGAUUUCAAGCGAGGCCAUUCGCACAUCAGAAGAGCUUGUCAAGGCCAUUACUCCCCCGCGGUCGCGUAACGGUGGCGCAAAGUUCAAGGACGACCUGGACAAACUCUACGAAGUCAUCAUAGACCGUGGCUCUGCCAACGACGUCGACGCAGAGGUUCGGCAGCGUGCGAUUCAUGCCCUUGGGAUCCUCAUCGCCCGGACCUCCAGCGAGGAAGGAUCCGGCCUCUUGUCGCCUGAGAAGCGCACCGCCGCCCUGAACAUUAUCCAGGAGAGGCUGAAGAACGAGACGACUCGCCUUGCUGCGGUGCGUGCCGUAGAUAAUGUUGCGGCGUUCGCUGUGUCUCCCGACCAGCUAGACAAACAAUGGAUUCAAGAUGUCGCACUUGAGCUCUCGGCCCAGCUGCGCAAAGCCAAUCGGUCUCUGCGCGGCUCCAGCAUCCAGGCUCUCAAGCACCUUGUGCUCUCCAAAGCCACUGAGGGCAAGCUAGAACCAGCUACGAUCCAGGGCAUCGUGUCAGCGGUGCUGCCCGCCAUCAAGAACAGCGAUACGCAUCUCCUUGGUCCAACCUUGAUCAUCCUGGGCAGCAUGGUGAAAGAUCACGCAAGCUUGAUUGUCAACGAAGAGAUGAUUGGCGCGCUCUGCCAGCUGCUGAAAUCGCACUUUGCUAAUAUCGUCCUCGAUCAGCUGCUCGACUUGAUCAGCCGCGUCGGCGAGAGUGGCGCUGGCGAGCCUCUUAUGCAGGGCCUCCUCAAGGACGUGAGCGUCCAGGGCGACCCGAUUGUCGUGGGCAAGGUGAUAGGGACCCUUCUCGUGACGGGCGGUACCUCGGCGGGCGUUUCUCUCGACAGCUUCGUCGCGGAGCUCCAUGGCAGCACAAAGCGGGGAGACGACGCCGGUAUAAGCCUUGCGCUGGCGGUGCUGGGAGAGUCUGGAAUGAGGCUGGGGGCCAAGUCGCCUCUCAAACCUCAAUUGUUCCUGGAGCAGUUUCACUCGGAGCCGGACAAGGUGUCGCUGGCUGCUGCCAUUGCACUCGGCAGAGCUGGGUCCGGGAAUGUGCCCGAGUAUCUGCCAGUGAUUCUCAAGACGAUGGAGAGCGGAGGCAACACGCAAUACUUGCUGAUUCAAUCGAUCAAGGAGAUUCUGCAGUCGAUCCCGGCUCAGUCUACCGAUCUCCAGACUUAUGCCACGGCAGUCUGGGACCAGCUCAUUGGGGCAUCGCAGAGUGCUGACAACAAGAUUAUCUGCGCCGAGUGUGUCGGCCGCCUUGCGACUCUGGAUCCGGUCACCUUUAUGCCCAAACUACAGACUCUCUUGAAGGACAAGUCACCAGGGAUUCGUGCCAUGGCAGUGCAGGCUGUCAGGUACACGCUUCCCGAGAGCGAUGAGACGUUUGAUGCAAUGCUACGAAACGUCCUCGUUGAGAUGCUCCUGGUCAUGCUGCAGGAUUCCGAUAUGGAAAUCCGACGACUGGCGAUGACGACGCUAAACUCGGCAGCCCACAACAAGCCGGACCUCAUCCUGCCCCAUCUGGGCGAACUGCUGCCUUUUGUUCUCAGCGAAUCGGUGAUCAAGAAGGAGCUCAUCCGAGAGGUCCAGCUGGGUCCUUUCAAGCACAAGGUCGACGACGGCUUGGAAGUUCGCAAGAGCGCGUACGAGACGCUUUACGCGCUGAUGGAGACGGCCUUUACGCGGAUCAACAAUAUCGACUUUUACGACCGAGUCAUUGCCGGCCUCAAGGACGACAACGACAUUCGUCAGCUGUGCAACCUGAUGGUGACCAAGCUGAUUGUCAUCGACCCCGACGAGACGGCUCGACGGCUCGACUCGAUUGCCGAGGCGUACCGCGGUGUUCUCUCCAUCAAGCUCAAGGAUAAUGCCGUCAAGCAGGAUGUGGAGAAGCAAGAGGAAACCAACAAGAGCAUCCUGAGGGUGACGCUCCUCCUUGGAGACAAGAUGAAGGCGAUGACUGGAAAUGCCGGGGCGGCGACCAGCAACACGGCGGCAACGGGGGCUUGGACGGCCUACUGGGAGUGGGCGAACAAGGAGUUUGAUCGGCAACUAAAGAGCCUGCGGGAGGAAAGCAGCCAGCUCCACACGAGGACUCUGUGAGGAGAGUGGGUGCAGACAGGGUGAGCAGGCCAAUGGGAGAGGGACGGACUUUGUUUGAAGAGUGAUGCGGUGUAACCAUGGCAUUCUGCCUGCCUUACCGACACACGCUGGCGACCCGUCUAAAUAUGCACGUUGGUAGAAGGGCCCAAGGCUUUACGAAGUAUGGGGACUAUGGCAGCGGUAUGAAGACAUUCUUGUAUGAAGUAGUUAGUCUAGCAGCACAGUAGUAGCAUUGGAAGGGGCAAAAAAGACUCAUUCCUGCAGAGAUAUCCAGGUUGUAGUUGAUAGCCGCGGCCGGGUAUGGGUCAGCACAUGUACCUAGCAUACAAGUUUGCAGUAAGAUCAUGUACCUGCUUCAUACGGACCCCGUGCUAUUGGGUGA